GGGCGAGGCUCGCUCUCCCCCUUGCCAUGGAGCGGAAGGUGGCCCGGGAGUUCAGGCACAAGGUUGACCUGUUAAUUGAUAGUGAAGCAGAAAAAGACUAUCUUUACGAUGUGCUACGGAUGUACCACCAAUCCAUGAAUCUUCCAGUGUUGGUGGGAGAUCUAAAAUAUGUAAUCAAUGAACCAAGUCGACUGCCUUUGUUUGAGGCCAUUCGUCCUCUUAUCCCUUUGAAACAUCAAGUGGAAUAUGAUCAACUGACACCUAAGCGAUCUAGAAAAUUGAAAGAAGUGAGGCUGGAUCGUCUGCACCCUGAAGGACUUGGAAUAAGUGUGAGAGGUGGUGUUGAAUUUGGCUGUGGUCUUUUUAUUUCCCAGCUAGUGAAAGGUGGACAAGCAGACAGUGUUGGACUUCAGGUUGGCGAUGAAAUCGUUCGAAUAAAUGGAUACUCUAUUUCUUCAUGCACUCAUGAAGAAGUGAUUAAUCUUAUUCGCACAAAGAAAAUUGUGUCCAUCAAAGUGAGACAUGUCGGCAUGAUACCUGUUAAAAGUUCUCCGGAUGAGCCUCUGAAAUGGCAGUUUGUUGACCAGUUUGUGUCAAAUCCGGGGAACAGUGUUGCAGGACUUGCAUCAUCAGGAGGAAAAAACCAUAAAGAAAAGAAGGUUUUCAUUAGUUUGAUUGGUACAAAGGGCAUGGGAUGCAGUAUUUCCAGUGGUCCUACACAAAAACCAGGCAUUUUCAUAAGUAAUGUUAAACCCCAUUCUCUAUCUGCAGAAGUAGGAUUAGAGGUCGGCGAUCAAAUUGUUGAAGUAAAUGGAAUGGACUUUUCAAAUGUGGAUCACAAAGAGGGAAGAGAGUUGUUUAUGACUGAAGAGGAGAAGCAACGAGAGGAGUAUCGUCAUGAGAUGGAACGCCAAGAGCUGAUGCGUCAGAAGCGGCUGGCACUAGAGACCAAUAAAAUUGUGAAAGAGCAGCAAGAAAAAGAGAGAUUACGAAAGCUGGAGAUUGCACAGAAGGCUGCCGAGGAAGAAGAAAGAUACCGUAAAGAAAUUGAAGAGAUAACUGCUGAGGAAGAGAAACUUAAAAAGCAGUGGGAAGAAGACUGGGCCCCGAAAGAGCCCCCCAAGCCCCCCAGAACUGUAACUGCAGAAGUGCAUCCUCCUCCCCCUCCCCCUCCCAAGCAUCGACUAGAUUUAGAUGCUCAUGCCCACCGUGCAGCAGAUGAUAUGAGUGGAAUGAACCUGAAAGAAAGCCAAAAGGGCUUCCAGAAGUAUGUGGAAGACUUCGAUCCCUACACAAUGUUUUCACCUGAUCAGAUUAUGGGGAAAGACGUGCGACUUCUGCAUAUUAAGAAGGAAGGGUCAUUAGAUCUUGCGGUUGAAGGAGGCGUCGCUUCUCCAAUUGGAAAAAUAGUGGUGUCUGCUGUUUACGAAGGGGGUGCUGCAGACAAGCAUGGAGGAAUUGUAAAGGGGGAUGAAAUAAUGGCUGUGAAUGGCAAGAUUUUGUUGGAUGUCAAGCUGGAGGAAGCUCAAGCAACUCUCACUAAAGCCUGGAACAUGGGAGGGGAUUGGAUUGACUUGGUCAUUGCAGUAUCUCCUCCCAAAGAAUAUGAUGAUGAAAUGACAUUUUUUUAAUAACAUGGGAG